AUAACACAUUCGCAGCAACUCAUGCUUUCAAAACAAAAUGGCUACCAGAGCCGUGGGAAGGGCGACAGUACUGGCUAAAUAUUUAAAUAAUCGCAUUUUACCGAGUGUAUGUACUCAGUGUGCAAAGAGAGUCACGCAGAUCAACCGUCAACAUUGUGUUUGGAGUAUAAGACUGCCUCAUGUAUCGUUAUCAGUGAAACACUUCAGCUCAGAUGCCCAGAACAUCAAUCCGACCCAAAUAACAGAGGUUGAGGAUACAGAUGAAGUUGAUGAUCUGUACAAGCGAAUUAUCAUUGAGGUCAAAGGUCAUGAUCCUGAGAUCAUCAAAAGUUACACGAAAUUUUUUGUGAUGACAGCACGGGAACUUGAUAUUCCCAUUCACGAUAUACACACUCCUGAUAAAGACAUUGAGAGGCUAACACUCCUCAAAUCUGUUCAUAUCUACAAGAAACACAGAGUACAGUAUGAAACAAGGACUCACUACAAACAGUAUGAGCUUCUAAAGCUGACUGGCUCCACUGCUGACACUCUUCUUGAAUAUGUACAGAGGAACCUUCCUGAAGGAAUGGCUAUGAAAGUUACCAAGGAACGUCUUGAGAGGUUGCCAGAUCAUCUUCAAAGCCCACUAAAAGGUUCCACAUCAACACCGAAAGCUACAGAGUUACAGCCAGAAGCAAGUUGAUGUGUGUCUGGCAGAUUGUGUGAAAUUGUGUGAUAAAAUAGGGAAUAAAAUGCAUUUAUUAUUUA